AUGGGUCCGCCCGUUUCUUGCUCCUUUUCUUCCCCCACCCAGCUCUCAACCGCGCUGCAAUUCAGCCGGCUACGAAUAAAUAACAAUAAAAUGAUUUGCUGGGUUUCUGUUGGUUCUGGAUCGACGGGAGUUUGGAUCUUGUUCGCCGGGGAUCCAGCUGUGGGGGAGACGCAGAAAGGCUAA